UUUAAAUUAAAUUAAAACUUGGAUUUGAUGAAUAAAACUCAAGAUUAGCUAAACAUAGGAUGUAAGUCUAAAAUUAAUUUAGAAAUUCGUAAGGCUAUACCUGAAUAAUUAUUUAAAAAAAGCGAAUCUAGAUUUUUAGUAUCAGUUGCUUAAGCAGUAUCAAGCACUGUUAUUUUAGGUUAUAUAGGUUAUAGAUGCAUUCCUUUAACAUGGUUUGCUCUUCCUAUAUGGAUUCUUUUUGAUUUAUUAUUAGGUACAGUAGCUAUGGGAAUAUGUAAAAUAUAAUAAAUUUAUCAUGAAUAGGGGUUUUAGGUCAUGAAUGUGGUCAUGCAGCUUUCUCUAACAAUAAAUUGUGUAAUGAUAUAUUAGGAUAUAUUUUACAUGAAAUAUUAUUGGUUCCAUAUUUCUCUUGGUAACAUUCUCAUGCACUUCAUCAUGCAAAAACAAAUCAUUUAACAGAAGGAGAAACAUUUUGUCCAGUAGUAUUAAAUUCAAAAAUGGGAAAAAUUUACUAAAAAAUCAAAGAUAUUAUUGGAAUUGAGUCUUUUUCAAUAGUUUAAAUAUUCAAUAUAACUGUUUUGGGAUGGCCAUUAUAUCUACUUUUAGGUGUAACAGCAGGCUCAUCUAGAGGAUUUACAAGUCACUUCAUAGUUCCAAAUAAAUUAUUCCCAUCAAGAAUGCUUUUAAAGGUUUCACUUUCAAAUAUAGGACUUUGUCUAGUGAUAUUUGGUUUGUAUAAAUGGGCAGAAGCUAGAUCAUUUGCUGAAGUGAUGGCAAUAUAUAUUGGCCCAUAUUUAGUAGUUAAUAUGUGGUUAACUAUAAUAACAUUUUUGUAACAUACUGAUAUAAAUAUUCCACAUUAUGAUUCAAGUUCUUGGAAUAGGUUAAAAGGUAUUAUAAUAUUUAGAUAAUAAAAGGUGCUUUAAGUACAAUAGAUAGAAAUUAUCCAGCUUGGAUUGAUUCUUUACAUUUUGAGAUUGGAACAACUCAUGUAUUACAUCAUGUUUUUAGUGAAUUACCACAUUAUCAUGCAAAUGUAAUAUAUAUAUAUAAAAUAUGAUUUUAGGAAGCUAAUUUAUAUUUCAAAAAAGCAAUAGGAGAACUUUAUCAUUGUGAUGAGAAACCAUUAUUGACUUCUCUUUAUUAAUGUGCCAGUUUAGUUGGAGUAGAACAUAAAGGUGACGGAGUUUGGUUCUUUUAAAAAGAUUGAUUUUAUGAUUGUUG